AUGGGCACAUUAAAAUUUUGGCGUUUGUUUCUCUUUGCCAUUUAUUUGAAAUUGGUUUAUGGAUACAUCGCUCCUAUAGCUAUUGAUGGUAAGCAAUUUGUGUAUUCAAUUACGGGUGAACCAUUCUUUAUUAAAGGUGUGGAUUAUCAACCAGGUGGAUCAUCCGAAGUAACUGGAGAAAAUGAUCCAUUGUCUGAUCCAUCGGCUUGUGCUCGUGACGUCGUAUUAUUUCAAGAUUUAGGUAUCAAUACGAUAAGAAUUUAUUCGCUCAAUCCUGAUCUAAAUCAUGAUAAGUGUAUGUCCAUGUUAGCUGUAGCAGGGAUAUAUUUGAUUUUGGAUGUUAAUUCACCUUUACAAAAUCAACAUUUAAAUAGAUACGAGCCAUGGACUACUUACAAUCCUGCAUAUUUGGAACACAUUUUUAGGCUCGUGGAACAAUUUUCUCAUUAUAACAAUACUUUAGGGUUCUUUGCUGGUAAUGAAGUCGUCAAUGAUAAAAUCUCUGCGCAGAUUUCACCACCUUAUGUGAAGAGCGUCAUAGGUGAUAUGAAGACAUAUAUCAAGACGCAUUCUCCCAGAGCCAUUCCCGUUGGUUAUUCGGCAGCAGAUGAUUUAAACUACCGUAUUCCUCUUUCGAGUUAUUUGGAGUGUGCUGAAGAAGAAUCUGCCAGUCUUAGUGUUGAUUUCUAUGGGGUUAACUCUUAUCAAUGGUGUGGGCGGCAAACAAUUCAGACUUCUGGUUAUGAUCAACUAGUAGAUGCCUACAAGAACUAUACAAAACCUGUCUUCUUCUCAGAGUUUGGUUGUAAUAAAGUGUUGCCUCGGACUUUCGAUGAAGUGCAAGCUCUUUUCUCUGAACAUAUGUUUACCACUUUUAGCGGUGGUCUUGUGUAUGAAUUUUCUCAAGAGGAUAACAAUUACGGUUUAGUCGAUAUUAAUUCUAAUGGUACUGUAAAAGUUUUGAAUGAUUUUGAUAGUUUAAAGAAACAUUAUAAAACAAUUUCAUUGCCCAAUUCUGAUCAAGUUUCGAGUGCUAUUGCCAAGGAUGGUGAGAUAAAUCAACAAGCUUACGAGAAUAAGACACCAUCAUGCAGAGCUAGGUAUGCAAAUUUGAAUACGGAGGCUAAGGUGACCAAAGGGUUGGCUAGUUCUUUGAUCAAAGAUGGUGUGGAUGUAGCGAAAGGUGAAUACGUCGAUCUAACUGAAGAUGAUCUACAAUGUACGCUAAAUAUCGUUGAUGAUAAAGGUAAUCCUUGGAAAGGGGAGACUAAAGUGAAAAUAGUUAGAGAUCUAGAGCCGUACUUGGGUGAUCCUAAAUACGAGGGUAAAGAAAAACAUAGGAAAAAUGCUGGUAACAAUCUCAAAGUACCACUAUGGUCAUCAUUCGCUUUCAUAUUAUUUAACAGUAUGCUUCAAGUGUUUUAA